AUGUCUAAGACCGAGAUGCAGCUGGCUUGCGACAAGAUCAUCGACAUCUACCACCAGUACUCGGAGCUCUCUAAGGACCGGGAGACGGACACCCUGGACAAAGAGGAGUUUAAGAAGAUGAUUGAAGAGCAGUUCCCCAACUGUGUCAAGAACGCCCGAGACCCAAAGGGAACUGACAAAUUCUUCGAGGAGCUCAACAACAACCAGAACGAGAACAUCGGUUUUGAGGAAUAUAUGCUCCUGCUUUCAAAAUUCCUCAUCUGCACCCAUGAAAAAUUCCAUCUGGGCGAGAAGGAGGAUCGCCCAACACAUACCCGACGCCAUUAG